CACCCAUGGUCUGUCCGUCUCUGUUCAGUCCACCCGCGCAGCCCGCCGCGGUUUUUGUUUCCGGCUGCUGCCCGGUCCCUUGCUCGAUCCCCUGGCCUCCCGAAACGAUCAUCGGCGCCACCAAGCCCCUCGCUGGGUUGCAAGUCCACCGACAGCCCGCCUCGCCCGCCUGGCUGCUCUUUUCUCUCCCUCGCCAGCCCAAUGCUCCUCUGCCUGCGCUGUCUGCUCGACUCUGACGACGAGCCCGGUCCAUCGCCGGCCAGCAACCCUCCGUAUUCGCCACCGACCAUGACGACCGCCGAUUCCUCCUCGGCCCAACAGCACGCCAGCCCUGCCGAGGCUGUCGCUGCCUCUUGGCGACACCCGCUCGAGGCCCUCAUCAACCUCGCCCGCGACGAGCCCGACUGCCUGGCAAUCUACACCCACGAGAACUCCUGCACCGAGACCUUCAGCUACCGCCAGACCUGGGAUCGAGCGUACUCGAUUGCACAGGGGCUCAGGACCCUGCCCAACUGGUCCGAGGACGACAAGGUCGUUGCGCUCUACUGUGAGCCCGAGACCCACUGGGUCUUUUACACCUACGCUCUCUGGAUUCUUGGAAAGCAGGUCAUCUACUUUGCUCUCAACUGGCCAGCCACCGUCCGCAACCAUCUCGCCCAGAGAUUGAACAUCAAAUACGUGCUCUAUGGCCUAUCCAAGCCCGGCCGUGUCCACGGCUCGGAGCUCAUCGACGCCCGCACCUUCCCCUUGCUCGAGACCAUUCCCGAGCCCUCGCUCGCCGUGUGUGCGCCCCUGAACGACUUUAUUGGCUUCUUGAGCACUUCCGGCACCACAGGUAUUCCCAAGACAUACCCGGUCGCGCACAAGCUUGGAUUGUCUGUCCGUUCGGCGAUGGAUCUUCCGUACAUCCGCCAAGGUGUAUUCCAGGCACCCUCGUUCACCGCAGCCAUGAUGACAAUGCUGCUGACGCCCAACAUGAAGAGCUCCAUGUGGUUCCCAAAGCCGUCGCCAAAUAUUGUCGAGAAGGCAAAGGGCGUCGUUGCCCUGCUGGACGACGGCAUGGACUUUGUCAAGGCGACUCCCUCCUUUAUGAGGAUCGUGUUCAAGACUGCCCAGUCGAUGCGGGAGCACGUCCAGUGGCCCGAGGUCAAGUACGUCGUCCUCAUGGCCGAGAUGAUUCCAGUACCUCUGGUCCAGCUAGCUCGCGACCUGUGCCCCAAUAGCAUCAUCCACUGCGGAUACGGCUCGAGCGAGGCUGGCAUUAUCCAGGCGUUCUCCAUGUGCACUUUGCAUCCAACGGAUCCGGUCCCCACCAAACUGGUGUACGUCUUGCGCAAGCCAAAUGUGCGCUGUCUUCUUGUAGAUGACCAGGGCGACCCAGUAGCCCCUGAACCCGGCAGCACCGGCAUUCUCUGUCUAGCCGUGCCCAAGGAGGAUCCCGUCCGCGACCACCCCAACUUUGUCCACUCCAACCCCAACGACAAGCUGGCAUCCUUUGGCUUCCUGGAGGACGGAUCUCCUCGCGUUUGCACUAUGGACUGGGUCGAGAUGGUGGGCGAAAAGUCAUUCUCGGUGAUCGGAAGAGUUGGAAGAAAAGUCAAGGUCAACGGCGUCUAUGUCGAUCUCCAGGUGCUCGAGGACCUCCUCGUGUCCAAGAUGUCGGGCUUAAUCUCGGACUGUGCCAUCAUGCAGACCCUGGAGCUCAAGAUUGUUAUGCUCUAUGUCCCCAAGGAAGGCAACGGCCCUCGCCUGCUUCCGCGCCAGAUCCUCGACAUGGCCGAGACCAUCUUCAAAUUCGAAAACAUCUCCAAGGUGCCCAUCAACAACUGUAUGGAGUUGCACGAGAUGCCCUUCAACGAGUCCGGCAAGCGCGACCUCAAGAAGCUCAAGCGGAUUGCCGAGCGCACCGACACCUACGGGCUCGCCGUCAACUACCCGCCUCUGCUUGUGGAGGACUCGAAAGAGUCCCGGAUCGCCGCCAAGGUCUCGCGGCUCGGCAGCGAGAUCCUCGAGGCCGAGGCCCUUGAUGGCCGCGACUACUACAUUGCCGGCGUCGGCUUUGACUCUCUCACCGUCGGUCGCCUGGCCCUGGUUCUGCACCGAGAGUUCGAUGUCGACAUCUCCCCCGUUGUUCUGCUCUCACACGGCAUGACGCCCAAGAAUGUGGCCCACAUCAUCAUCGACAUGCUGGAUGACCGUCCCUUCAGCCCACCCACGCUCGAUCUGGCUGCCGAAGCCGCCAAGCUCGACGACUCGACCGUGACCUCGGCGCACCUCCCUCCGUUUGAGUUCCAGGCUGCUCCCCGAACCAUCCUGCUGACCGGCGCCACUGGGUUCCUUGGAGCGUUUUUACUUGCAGAGCUCUCGCGCAAGUUCCCUUCAUCCAAGAUCAUCUGUCUGAUUCGCGGUACCGACAUUGCGCACGCGACCGCCCGUUUGCGCGAAACCGCCGAGAUCCUCCUGCUGGAAACCCAGCUCGUGGACCAGUCCGAGGUUAUUUGCGGCGAUUUGUCCAAGCCUCAGUGGGGGCUCUCGGACGAGAAAUGGGCGGAAUUGGCAGAGCGCGUCGAUGCCAUCGUCCACAACGGCGCUGAAGUGCACUGGCUCUACAACUACGAGCGGCUGAUGGACGUCAAUGUCGGAGGAACACAGGCGGCUCUGCGACUUGCCACCACUCACCACCUCAAGCCGCUGCACUACAUCUCGACCAUCGGGGCCAUUCCGAAAACCAAGCCUGCGGACAAUUUUGUCCUCGAGAAGGUUUAUCCAGACUGGAACGUCUCCGGCGGUUACGCGCAGACCAAAUGGGUCUCUGAGCAGCUCAUCGAGAAGGCUCGCUCGCGCGGUGUGCCUGCAACGAUCAUCCGGCCUAGUAUCAUUGCUGGCGAUAGCGUGCACGGAGGUGAGUCAGACUCGGCCGGUCGAGCACACGGACAUGAACAGCACUAGACUGCUAACUCAUCGCGCCUCUUUUACCUUUGUAUGUGUCCACAAUGACAUGCACCACC